CUACACCGAAAACCUCACGCUGCUCGGACCCCCUACGAUGCGCGGUGCAAUUGUCUUCAGCGGCUCGUCGCAUCCGACCCUCGUCGACGGCAUCUGCGACAGGCUGGGGACCAAGCGGGGGUCGGCGUUGCUCGGCAAGUUCGCUAAUGGCGAGACGUCUGUCCAGAUACACACGUCGGUGCGCGACAAAGACGUCUUCAUCGUGCAGAGCGGGAGCGCAAAGAUCAACGACUCCGUCAUGGAGCUGCUGAUUAUGGUGUCGGCUUGCAAAGGCGGCUCCUCCAAGUCCAUUACAGCCGUCAUGCCGUACUUUCCCUACUCCCGCCAGUCCAAGAAGAAGUCGCACCGCGGCGCCAUCACAGCCCGCAUGGUCGCCAACCUCCUCGACAUCGCCGGCGUCGACCACGUCAUAACAAUCGACCUGCACGCCUCCCAGAUGCAGGGCUUCUUCAAGUGCCCCGUCGACAACCUCAUCGCCGAGCCCCUGCUUGCCCGCUGGAUCCGCGUAAACAUUCCAAACUGGCGGGAUGCCGUGGUGGUGAGCAAAAACCCCGGCGGCACGAAACGUGUCACGUCGCUGGCGGAUGCCCUAAAGCUCAGCUUUGGCAUCGUGACAACAGACAGAAGGAGGGCGGCCACAUCGGUGCAUUGGAACGAAAGCGCCAUGUUCGAACAGCUGAGGCUGGACGGCACGUACGAGACGCCGGGGCUGAUAGAGGCAGCUCUGGAUGCAGACGCACACAUCACACCGAUUAGCAGCCUAUCGUACAAUCCGCGAGCAGAGAUUGGGAAGUCCAAGCUACGGACACGGGCGGCCUCGAACCCCUUGCAGCGACGUGCCAACGGGGCUACCGAGCCCUUAAGCAGCCCACUGUCAAAGUCUGUCAGGGCCUCGUCGAUUGUAGAGUCGGAAGCAUCGGAUCCGGCUCGAACACGAAACAAGCCUGAGGGCGAUCAUAGCGAGGAGCAGAACACGGAUGAGAGUACCGACGAGUACACUGAUGAGCGCGCUAAGAAUGUGAUCCACGGACGCCUUGUCUACGGUCAUAUCGUCGACGAAGACCAUCCCUCGCCUGCUAUGUCCGCCGCUUCACACUCGACCUGGCGCAAUCGGGCCCCAUCCGACGGAGACAACGAUGAUAUUCCGGACCGUAUGAUGUCAUCAUUCAUGUCCACGGCCUCCUCCGUCAAGAACAGAGAUGGCGAGAAUGCGCACGCUUUGGGGGGCACGAUUGAUGCAGCCGCCUCUUCGGAGGACGAAGAAGAGGAUUUGAAGAAUCCCGAGCUGGAGACCAUGGUCACGCUGGUGGGCAACGUCAAAGACCGGCCAGUCUUCAUCGUCGACGAUAUGAUCGACAAGUCCGCGUCCUGGAUAGCGGCGGCGGAAACAGUGGUUAAGCGAGGUGGUGCCACGAAGGUCUACUGUAUGGCAACACACGGUCUGUUUGGCGGAGACUGUCUCGAAGAGAUGAACAACUGCGAGUGCAUUGACAAGAUCAUCGUUACGAAUGCUUUUCCAAUACCGGAAUACAAGCAGGCGCACGCACGAGACAAGCUGGUUAUCAUUCCAGUCGAUAAUCUGCUCGCCGAGGCCAUUCGGCGGAAUCACCACGGGGAGAGCAUUUCGCAACUCUUCAUGCAUUACGAUUGAUUACACACUUUCCAUUUGGGUCAACUGCUUCCCGGCUUUCUUGUCUCUGACAUACUUUUAGCGAGGCGCCAAGGCACCAUGAUUGGGCGUUGCUUGACUUUCUCGGUGAUUGGGAGGUAACUGGUAUCUGCGACUUGGGUAUGAUGAAAUCAACGGAUGAAUGCUUGUAUAGAUACCAGAAUAGUAAUUGCAGGCCAAGGAAAAGGCCCGCAGAGAAUGAUACCACUUAUUUUCUUUCCAGUCGGCCUCCGUCAAGUCUAGCUUCUGCUCUUCCCUUGACUGUUACUG